AUGCCUGAAGUAAUGAUUUGUGGUAUACCAGUGACUUUUCCAUUUGAACCGUAUGAAGUUCAAAAGGUAUACAUGGAACGUGUGAUAGAAAGCCUGCAGAAUAAUACCAACGCCUUGCUGGAGUCUCCCACAGGUACCGGAAAGACCCUGAGUUUACUAUGUUCUUCAUUAGCCUGGUUACUAGUUAAAAAGGCCCAAUUACAAAUGAAUGCACAAGUUGGCAACUUUUCAGAGCAUAGUAACUUUAGUGGAUUUCUGAAAGAUUCUUUAAAAUCUGGAGCAGGUAAAGCGAAAGAUAAUACAUCAUGGGGAAUGCCAAAGAUAAUAUACUCAUCAAGAACACAUUCUCAACUGACACAAGCAAUGCAAGAAUUGAAGCGGUCCAGUUACAAGCAUGUGAAAGCCACAGUUUUGGGGUCGAGAGACCAAAUGUGUAUUCAUCCUGAAGUGUCUAAGGAAACAAAUAACAUGAACAAAGUACACAUGUGCCAGCUGAGAGUAAAAUCAAGAACAUGCCACUUUUAUAAUAAUGUUGAGUCAAAGAAAGAUGACAGGGCUGUGAAAGGUGAUGAAAUAUUAGACAUAGAAGACUUAGUCACUGUGGGAAAAAAGCUCAAGUGUUGUCCUUACUAUUUGUCAAAAGAAUUAAAACAAGAUGCUGAUAUUAUAUUCAUGCCUUACAAUUAUAUUCUAGAUCCAAAAUCAAGGAGAGCUAAUGGUGUAGAACUUUUAAAUAAUAUUAUUAUUUUAGAUGAAGCUCAUAAUGUUGAAAAAAUGUGUGAAGAGUCAGCAUCUCUGCAGAUUAGAACAACAGAUGUUGCUUUAUGCAUUGAUGAGAUUACACAUGUCAUGAGAUCUUUUGGUGAGGCAGCAGCUAAUGAGGAUCAGAUGGAUAUGACAGUGGACAGCCAGCCCAAAGAUUUUACCUGUGAUGAUUUAUGUGUUUUGAAAGAAAUGAUGCUGGCAUUAGAGAAGGCUAUUGAUGAGAUCACUGUUGGAAGUGAAGGAAGUACUUACCCUGGUGGUUUUAUUUUUGAAUUAUUAUCAAAAGCUGAGAUCAGGGAUCAUAAUCAAAUGGCAGUUAUUACAAUGAUUGAGAAUCUCAUACAGUACUUGUCUACAGCAAGUGCUUCACCUUUUCAGCGCAAAGGAGUUGGCUUGCAGAAGAUAGUUGAUUUACUAAAUGUUGUGUUUUGUGGGACUACACACUCGUAUAAGGAGAGAGUAAAAAUGUGUUACAAAGUUCAUGUACAAGUUGAAGACAAAACGAACAAUAAAAAGACUGACAGUUGGGGAGCAUUAAAAACAACAAGUACUAAGUCUGCUGAAAGAAUUUUGAGUUACUGGUGUUUCAGUCCAGGUUUUGGUAUGAAACAAUUAAUUGAACAGAAUGUGAGGAGCAUCAUACUAACAAGUGGCACACUAGCUCCAUUAAAACCUUUAACAUCCGAACUAGGCAUUCCCAUAGGAGUACAGCUGGAAAACCCCCACAUAGUAAAAUCAAAUCAAAUAUGUGUUAAAAUAAUGAGCCAGGGUCCUGAUGGAAUGCAACUUAAUUCUAAUUACCAGAACAGAGACAAUCCUAAAUAUAUUUCAUCUUUAGGCCGAACUAUACUAAGCUUUUGCCGUGUAGUUCCAGAUGGCCUGCUUGUAUUUUUUCCAUCAUAUCCUAUUAUGACCAAAUGUCAAGAAAUGUGGCAGAAUGAGGGUAUCUGGUCCAGCAUAAAUAAUAUAAAACCUAUAUUUGUUGAACCUCAGCGCAAAGACACCUUCAACACUAUAAUUAAUGACUAUUAUAGUAAAAUAAGUGAUCCCAGCACUAGGGGAGCAUGUUUUAUGGCUGUCUGUAGGGGUAAGGUAUCAGAAGGUUUAGAUUUUGCUGACAUGAAUGGUAGAGCAGUCAUCAUCACAGGCUUACCAUUUCCACCACUUAAAGAUCCCAGAAUAAUCCUGAAAAAGAAAUACUUGGAAGAACUAAGGACUAAAGAUAAACAGUUUUUAUCAGGUGAUGAAUGGUACUCUUUGGAAGCAACAAGAGCAGUGAAUCAAGCUAUUGGAAGAGUCAUAAGGCAUCAAAAUGAUUAUGGAGCUAUAUUACUUUGUGACAGUAGGUUUAAUAGUCCAAAACUAAAGAGCCAGUUAUCUGCUUGGUUGAGAGACCACAUCAGUGUUUCAAUUAAGUUUGGUGAGACUGUUAGUGAAAUAUGCAGGUUUUUCAAAAAUGCUGAAACAACAUUGCCAGCCCCCAGAUUGAAACCACUGCUUCCAAGUGAAUCUAGAAUGCAAAACAAAUCUGAUUCUGGACCAAUUCAUGUCAGUGGUGUUUCAUUUCCUGUCACCAACUCAAGAAUUGUAUCAAAAUCUUCAAGCAAAAAAUCUGUUAGCCAAUAUCCUAAUUCAAAUGAAGUUUAUGCAGAUUUUUCUAUGGAUUUUUAUAAAAAUGCAAAAGCUUCUGCCUAUGUUAAUGAAUUUAAACCUAAUACUACAAAGGACCUUUUUAGUGCAAUAGAUCAAGCGGAAUCUCAACAGUCAUCAUCAUCACAGUCAUUAGUUACUAUUCAUAAAAGAACUGCAGAUGUUAGUGUACCUAAUCAAAUAGUAAAAAAGAAAAAGUUGAAAAUAAAACCUUUUGGAUUUGAAGAGAAUUUGAAUGGGGAAGCCUCACACACUGAAGUGGUUGAAAAGGUACCUCCUACAUCAUUGAUCGAUUUUGUCAAAGAAAUAAAAGUGCUCCUACAAGCAGAUCAGUAUAAACAGUUUCAACUAUCAAUUUCUGCAUAUAAGAAAAAUAGUGAUUUUGAAGUUUUUCUAAAGGUGCUCUCUAAUUUAUUUGAAAACAAGAAAAUGUUUUAUUUAUUCAAAGGUAUGAAGAGAUUUUUAAAAGAUGAACAUAAAGUUACUUUUCAAGAAUAUUGUGAUAAUGUAAGCUUAGGCUAA